UACUGUUAGAUAUAAAACGAAUUCGUUAAAUCUUUCUGAUGCUUACGCCACUGUAAAGUUACAGAGUUGUUGGAUGGUGUAGAAGGGAUGGCGCCAUCAGCCAAUGCACGUUAAGGUGGGGAGUAAGUUCAGUGGCGUAAACAUUAGGAUUACGAAAGAAAGUUUUGGAAAGUUGAUGUUUAGAUUUUCGAUACUCUCGGCAAGAUUUAUAAUCUAUUACAUAAAUUUCUAAUGUAUAAAUUUGUAACUUCACGAAUACAAUCUUAUAGUCGUUUAUACGCAUUUCAAAGAAGCAUGAGUAGUUCAAGUGCAGAGAAACCUAUUGAAGGGGCAAUAAGAACAAAAUUGCAAGAAUUAAAUCCAUCUCAUUUGGAUAUUUUGAAUGAAUCUUAUAUGCAUAAUGUACCAAAGGGAGCAGAGACACAUUUUAAAGUAAUUGUUGUAUCUGAGAAAUUUAAUGGUCAACCGCUUAUAAAGCGUCAUCGUAUGGUAAAUGAGUUACUACAGACAGAAUUACAAAAUGGGGUUCACGCAUUAUCGAUAGUAGCUAAAACACCAGAUCAAUGGAAGGAUAGCAGUAAUGUUGUUGAACCUAGUCCUGCUUGCAGAGGUGGUUUCGGAAAAUAAAUAGGAAUCUUAUAGCUUCCAAAUGUACAUAUUCCAUACAGUUCCAAGGUGUUAGAAAUAAAUAUACCUCCAUUAUUUAUUUCCUUACCUCAAUGACUAAUAUUGUCUUGUUAUAUACAUUUAUCAAAAGAGUAAUUAAAAUAAAUUGUACAUAUUAAAUAUA